GCUGUUGUUGAGAUUGUAGAUAUGGAGACGGUGGGAUUAGAUGGGAUUAGAGAGCCUGUAUAAAAGAAAUCGCUCUCAUCUCCAGCAGGUGUUUGGCUGCUGGUCAACCAGGUCUGCAGACUUCUUGGAUUUUUGAUUGUCUGCCAGAGCCACCAUGUCUGCUGCUGUAUUAGUGGCUGGCAUAUUGGGCCUUCUGCUGGGGUCGGCCAUGCCUAUGUGCACACCCACUGAAUAUACCCUCUACAUUGAGAAGCAAGAGUGUGACUACUGUGUGGCUAUCAACACCACCAUAUGCAUGGGCUUCUGUUUUUCCAGGGACAGCAAUAUGAAGGAGCUGGUGGGGCCUCGCUUUCUGAUCCAGAGGAGCUGUACUUAUCAAGAGGUGGAGUACCGUACAGCUGCUCUCCCCGGCUGCCCCCCACACGCUGAUCCUAACUUUACCUACCCUGUGGCUCUCAGCUGCCACUGCAGCAUGUGUAACACACGCAGUGAUGAGUGUUCCCACAAAAGCAGCAGAUCCGCCGUUAAGUGUUCCAGACCGGUCAGACAUUUGUACCCCUAUCCAAUAGAGAGUGACCUUAUCCAGCCUGGGUGGCUUCAGAUGUUGGAGUGACACUUUUUAGUGCAGUUCAUGCUGUAAAUUCUGUCAGACUAGACACUCAAAGUAUUGAUUUGUGUUUUGACCUGAUCUGUUCAUGUAAUAAAGCCACAUAUAUAGUAAAAACAUGACACACUG